UUUUGCAGAUGCAGGAUAUCUUUCAGAUCCACACAAAGCCCGAUCGCAAACGGGAUAUGUUUUCACGAUUGGAGGCACUGCUAUAUCUUGGCGUUCUCAGAAACAAACGCUCGUGGCUACUUCUUCAAAUCAUGCUGAAAUCAUCGCACUCCAUGAAGCAAGUAGAGAAUGUGUUUGGCUAAGAUCAAUAAGCCGACACAUCUGUUCAAGCAGUGGGAUUGACGGAAAUACAGAGCCAACUAUCCUCUAUGAAGAUAAUGCAGCAUGUGUUACUCAAACAAAGGACGGAUAUAUCAAAAGUGAUAGAACGAAGCAUAUUCAUCCAAAGUUCUUCUCAUACACUCAAGAGCUCGUGAAAAAGAAAGAGAUUGAAGUAAGAUAUGUCCGAUCAUGCGACAAUGCAGCCGACCUUUUCACAAAAUCACUUCCGACUGCGGUAUUCAGAAAACAUGUCCAUAACAUUGGAAUGCGUCAUCAGAAGGAUCUAUGACUGCUCAUUCGAGGGGGAGCUUACGUAGUUGUACUCUUUUUACCUAUGGUUUUUCCCAUUGGGUUUUCCUAGAAAGGUUUUUAACGAGGCAACAAAGACGUUAAGCAAGAAGCGAUAGUGACACUGGUCUCCAAGGGGGAGUGUUGUAAACGUGAAGAAAAACAACGUCAAAAUAAUACGCACCAAAACUUGACAUUUUCGCAUUGUUAUUUACUAUGUGGAGCCCACCGUCACUAUGCACACACAGUAACUUUCUCUUUUUCACUUCUAUAUAAACGAUCGUUUCGAUCAAUUGUAAUACACCAUCUCUUCUUCCUCUUAUAACAUAUUCUCUCUCGUUAUUAUCUUAUAUCAGUAGUAUCUCCUUUCUGCGGGUAUAAAAUUUCGCUCUUAAUUAAAUUUCUCUAUACUAUAAAAUUAUAAGUUAUUUCAUAACAAGAUAUUAAUCAUUGUUCAUGAAUUUCUAUUAACUAUUAUGUGAUGUUAAGUGAUUAUUCCUAAAUAUUUAUAUAACAUUUUCUUUGAUAUAGUAGUAUGACCCCUGAAUCAUAAUAAAACUAUUAAAAAGUUAAAUUGGGGAUAGAUAUUACAAAAAAAAAAUUGGUUUUAAUAUGUUUAUAUAAUAUUCUUCCACCUGAAAAAAAGCUGCGAUUUUUGGAAUAUAGUUUUUUAAUAUAAUAACUUAACUGGUAAUAAGUUUUGUAUUUAAUUUUUUUUAGUCGUAUGAAAAAUAUAUAAAUAUAUUUGUAAUUUUUUUUUGUAUUUAAAAAUUUUGUAGGUAAAAUGAAACAUCAUUUUUUUUAACAUCAAUUUUAUUAAAUAUUAAGAAGAGUUUACAUAGUCAUUAUGCAGUAGAGAUGAUACUGAUCUAGGGAUGUAAUAAUAAUAUUCAAAUAAAUUCAAUGUAUCUAUCUUGGCUAACUUGUCUGCCACUCCAUUGCCAUCUCUGUUUAUCCAAUUGAAUUCGACCUCUUGGAUUUUUCCUGCUCCACCAUCUUGCUUCUCUAACCCAGUUAUAUAAACCAAACUGCAAUUUCCUUGAUUGUAAGUUAUCAAUCAUUUUCUUGUUAUCACCUUUGAAGAUCACCGUAGUAUAGCCUUUUAUCCAACAUUGUUGCAUAGCUACUAAUAUAUUCCGCUUCCAACGGUGAUGAGACUCUAUUUCAUUUCGCAUGCCCUGCUCCUCUAUAUUCACCAUAUUCACCACGUAUCACCCAUCCCAUCUUACAUUGGGUUAUAGUUGAAGUAACAUAAAUUGUAAAAAUUAUGAAGCAAUUGUAAGACAUACUAAAUAAUAUAAAUUGUCAUAAAAAUUGAAAUCAUAUUUAGUUUUAUAUUGAAAAUACUAUCUUAAAUCGAAACAAAAUUUGUUGGCUAAACAUCACUUGUAUGACUUUUUCUAAACAAGAAUAUUUGUUUUCGAAAACUGAUACAACUUGUAUUUUUUAUCAGUAAGCACCUGCCCCAGAUACCAGGCCUACCUUAUCAAAUGAGAUAUGCGUGUGGUAUACCGUAUAUGCUUGUGGUAUAUGCUAACGAAAUGAGAUUCCUGAUUACAGGUCGUACGGGUUGUACGGCGUCUUAGAACACUUAAAAAUUACUUGUAAUAUAGUUUGUUACCUUUGAUGUGACAACAUAGAUUUAUUUGUUUAUUUGGUUGGUUAAUACUAUCUCUUUAUAUAUGUGUUGCAGGUCAAUCAUAUUCCACAUAUAUUUCAGGACAAUACCAACCAAAAAAGCUUCAAUAGAAAAAGCUAAAAAAAAUUGUCUUUAAUCAAGCAAAAAUGUGUGCAUUGGGCUCUCCAUUGUUCCCAAACUUUGGGUGGGAGUCAACGGAAGAGUACGAGAGCUACAACAUUGUCGGAGAUAACAAUAGCAAAGAGUUUCUUGACUUUCAGGUACCGAAGACGUAUGGAAUGGUUCAUCGCCAGACCAGCUUAGGGGUUACUUUUUCGUCGGAGGUAAAUGGAAUAGACAACAAUUCGAUCGUUAUCAAGAAGCUUAUUCACAAUGCUAAUGAGCGUAACCGUCGCAAGAAAACCAACUCUUUGUUCUCAGCUCUUCGUUCAUGUCUUCCAGGCUCUGAUGAGCGGGUAAGUAGGUUACUCGGAUACACGAUUUCGCGGAGCAUGCAAUACAUACCGGAGCUGAAAGAGCAAGUGAAGAAGCUAACACAAAAGAAGGAAAACCUCUUGUUGCUAAUAUCGCGUCAAAGAGAACGUUACGCUAUGCCGCAGCCAAAGGUGGUUUGUAGUUAUGUCUCCACCGUUUUUGCGACGGAGCUUAGAGACAACGAAGUGAUGGUCCACAUCUCAUCGUCCAAGAAUCAUAAUUUUUCGAUAUAUAAUGUACUGAGUGGACUAGAAGAAGAUGGGUUUCUCGUGGAUGUUUCAUCUUCAAAUCCUCGCGGAGAACGACUCUUCUAUACUUUGCAUCUUCAAGUGGACAAGAUUGAUAAUUACAAGCCAAUUUGCGAAGAGUUAAGUCAAAGAGUUUUGUUCUUGUAUGAGCAAUGUGGAAACUCGAUUAAAUGAUAUUUGUUCUUGUUUUGAAACUUUUAUAUAAGGCUGUUGCACUUCCAUUUGGUUCACGCGCCCGCAAACGAGCACCAUAUCGUAGAUAAUUUAAAUUUAUUAAAUGAUGAAUUUUAAAGCUAAAUUUAGAAAAAUAAAUAAUUAUACAUUUCAGCUGACAAAAAAAAUUAUAGAUUUAUUUGAUAAAACUAAACAUUAAAGAUUUGAUAAUAUUUAUUUGAUUAAACUAAAACUUAUAUAUAAGUUAAUGUUUAAAUAAUUAAUACAAAAAGUGUUUGGUGUAGCAGUUAGUAUGUUCUUAUGUGUCCAUCAGUGUGAGAGUUCGAACCUCCCAAAAAAAUAAAUUUUUUGUUUUACAAAAUUUAUCCAAAAUGACGUU